GACCAUUCCAGAGGCAAGCAAUCAGAACGAGUGUGAAAACUUUGACUGUAACACAGACAAGCAGUAUGGUAUGAACGAGGAUAUCCAUCACUAUAGCAACUGUCGUAUGAGGCAGCGUAACAAGGGACUCUUUACUGCAGACCAGAAUUUGAAACAACGUAAUAGGCAGUAUGCUGUGAAUACACGUCAGAAUCCAAAUGGCAAUCGCCGUGGUUACGAGUGUCCUGAGGAACGAGAUUACUACCCCUACUGGCACCCGUCACCUUGGAAGGAUGUCGUUGUAAUGACCAAUAAUGUAAGUCGGUGUGUGUACUACCAACGGGAGAGUGAAAACGUCAAGUCACGAUGGGCAUGCCAACUCCCUCAGGAACUGAUCCUCAAGAAAUACAAAGCCUUUACCAUCCCGAAUAACAAACAGGACUGCGAGGAAUUUACAUAUCCCUCUGGCGACCCCAAUGGUGUGAGAGGUAUUUGGAAGGAGUUUUCCUCUCACGGAUUGUCUCCCCCUGACUGUCGGGAGACCGAGUUUUCUCGUGACAACCACCUUGGUAAUGGUCUUGGUGGCCACCCUAAUGUCUAUAACUGGACCAUCCCAAAUGUCAACCAUGAAAAUUGUGUACUAAGAAUGAGAUACAACAUUUCCACCAAUGACUAUGAUCCCUGGAAUACGACCUCUGCCAACAACUCCCCCAAUCUUGCCCCAAAGUAUGGGUUUGCUAGUCAAACAGUAGCGGAUGCAAGGGGCUACGUGUUUGAGGAAUAUCCCGAUGUUAAGGUGUUUGAUGAUGCAGACUUCACACUAGAGCUGGCCAUCAACACAGCACAGUACGGAAGGACAUUCCAGGAUAGAUCCCAUUCCUUUGCCAUUCGGAAGCGGCCAGCUGGAUAUGAUGGUACUCGGAUACACAACCUGAAUGUGAGAGGCAAGAGGGGAAACAUUGUACAAGUUUACCCCUCUGUGGAAUAUGACUUUGUACCUAACAACCUGGAGCUGUCCUCGGGGGAGGCUGUGCAUAUACAGUGGACAGGUUCUAACACGAAUAACCCUAACAACGAAGGAAAUGGCCUUGCUCGUACAGACAGAAACAACAUUGUACAGCUGCGCCCCAGAAACUUCCCAGAAGGCAAUGGGGUACAAUUCGGCCCAGGCAGAGUGUUUGGUCACUAUGGUAACAACUACCCUGACCAUCUUACAAACUCCAGUUUUCUUGGAAUGUCCAGAACUGACCUAGGUCAUCUCGCAAUGAACUCGCCAGGUCAGUUUGGUGGGGAAUUAUCCCAGCUGGACGAUGCAGGACCAUACUUUGACCACGGCCUCAGGAUGGUCACACAGACUGGGACAUACCACUAUAUGUGUACCAGGAACAACGACUUUUCUAACCGCGAUCAGAAGGGGAGAGUCACAGUUUACCCCUACUCUGUCCUCUUCUCCUCCAUUGGCUGGACAGGAGGACAAAUCACUCUCCCCGCAGGAAAAGCUGCAGUGAAUAUUGAGCAAGGGGCAUUUACAGGGCUCCAGAAACUGAGACUGACAGAAUGGACGAGAACCCAGGGAGAGAAUAGGCUUAGCAGUACUGGUCAUACCAUACAGUAUGGUGAUGAAUAUGCCAGCGACUUUCUACUGUUGUCACCAGAAUAUCAGCUGACAGACGACGCCCAGAAAAUCACUGUCACUAUGAUGGUUGAUGAGGAUGCGUACAACCCGGAGGCCUAUCGGUCAUCUGAGGACGCGCUUGGGACAUGGGUCAAGGUCGAUGCUAACAUUGAGGGUGAGAGGUUGACGCUGAAGACCAACAGAGGGGGUGUAUUUGUGGUGCGUUCCCAUAGUAACUACGGACCAAUCAUAGGUAUUGUUGUGGCCUGUGUCGCCGUGGUCAUCAUCAUAGUAGGCCUGGUCAUAUACUUCAAACGAAACCCGGAGCGAUGGAUAGCGCUCAAAAAGUCAACAAAAUACAUGGAACGCUCCUUGCAGGAGAAGGUUUGAUUAUCUUAGAUAGGAGUGAAAUAUCAUUUUUUCUAGUCCCAAUAACACAUGCUAAAUUGCUGUUUUAGAAUACCAAACCAAAUUUUGUUUUGUGUGGCAUUUUGGUUUCUGAAACCAUUAUGUCACGGGAACAUAUUAUUUUCACUUUCUUCGUUAUAAAGAAUUCUUUCCAAAUAAUUAAGUGAUAUUUGAUAUUUUCAGCAUUGAUAAUUUGGACAAAUGGCAGAUGAUCUUUUAGAGUACCUCAAACAAGGUCACAAGUGAUUUUUAUAAAAUGAGCUUUUAGCCAGUUUUAUAAAAGUUGGAUGAAACAAGAAUAAUAUUUUAUUUUUUUAUCUUUAUCAAAUACUUGAUUUAAUCAUGUUUAAUUGCAAACUUUGAAUAUAUUAAUUAAGAUUAAAAAAAAAAUGAAAAUCAUCAACAGAUUUUCACCUUUGUCAUAAAUGUAAAACAUCAUUUUGUCCUAAUGAGGUCACAAUGGUUGAAAUUUGUCUCAUAACAAUUUAUGUCAAAUGGUGUUAUUAGAAUGUUAAGCACCCUGAGUAUAUGAUAAGUAAUUGAGUUUCCAAAUCAAAAGAUGUGUGUUUAAAAUAUACUUCCAGUAAAAUACUCAUGUUCAUAUUAAUGAACUUUGUGCAUUUUGUAUUUUAGAAUUGCCAAAAUCUGGCCUUAUAAUGAUAAAAGGUUUUCUAUAAGAAGUUACAUGAAUGGUAGUAUAAAUGGCAGUAUUUAAGAGAGAGAGAGAGAGAGAGAGAGAGAGUGUGUGCUUUUGAGGAAAAGGAAAACAAUCACUGACCUUAGUAAAAUAUUUUAAAGGUUGUUUGAUACAGGUAUCAUAUUAGACAUUGA